GUUUUGUUUUCAUCUGUGGCGUCUACCGGUGUCCUGUUGCCAUAGUGAAUAGAUGAUAAUACACCAUCAGCCUCAAUCUAGAAUAGGCACUCAUAAAAUCAUAGUUGCGCCGGAGAAUUUGGUGUCUGUUUCACUUACAGUUACAGACCACAGAACCACUGACCCGGAUAGUGCACCAGAGAUACGUCGACCCAUCGAAAACUAUAUACUUUCCAUGGAAUCACCGGUGCGUUCCAUCGCUAUUGUAACGUUAUAACACCAUCCAAGUGUGGAGACUGUGGUGAAACGAACUCGGACGAUCUCUGGUGAGACAGGCAAAGACGUUAAACCCAAACCGGAGUCAGUUUUCAGUUGCGAGACCUCAACGCCGGUGCGACCUGCAGUCAGUGUUGCGUGUAGUGUCGAACAGGUAGUUUGUGAACUCUGUGCUCCCGUAUUCAGUUUUUACCGUUCUAUGACCGUGUGAAUGACAUGGAGGAUGUCGCUAUAGGCGAUUGGCCCACGGAUUGGCCGGGACAGGCUCUGGAUCUGAACGGAGGCAACUCCUGGCUGCCUGCCUAUGGGUUCCAGACUCCCUCUGCUCUCCUGGAAAGGGACGAUUUCAUCGGAAGUCCAGAUGCAGAUUAUUUCUUUCAAGGAGGCUGCGGUUCGCACUACAUGUAUCUCGAGACCAUACAAGAGGAGACAUCAGAUGAUCUCCAAUCGGACAGUGACCUCUCGGAAGCUAGAACAUCUCCGGUAGGCUGGUUAGCGACCGACUCAGAAGCUGGAUCAGUCAUCUGCAUCGACAAAGAUGUCUUGGACUGCGAAUCUGACAGGGAGCUGGCCUGCCCUGCCAAACGCCGUAAGCAAGACCCGAACUACCUCACUGUCGGCCUGGAUGACGACUGCCAGUCCAUCAGCCGCUCUAGCAGUCUUCUCCAAUUCGAAACCCUCGAGAAACAAUGCCAAGAAACCUGCAACAGUUCGCCCAGCGUCUAUUCCCAGUUCAGCUUCGACUCCCUAGACGUCCAGCGCAAAUCCAACGUGAGUCCGGACAGUCUGGACCGUGCUCAGAGCGACGGCGAGCAAGAAUGCGACUACUAUAAGGUCCUGAAGAUCGACGUGCCCCGAAAGAAGGAGAACAAGUCCUUCUACAAUGCGACGCAACGUUUUGGCGGUAGCGACAGCAGUGACGCGGGUGACAGUGACGGCACGUUGGGGGGGUCGCGGUCUUACGACAACCUGCGGAACUGGAGGAGCUUCGAUAGUUUGCCCACGCUGAACGCGACCAAGCCGAAGACCAAGGACGAGGUGUCGGUGGAGAAUCUGAGCGAGGACAGCGGAUACAGCGACCACCUAGGCAAGUUUAACGACGCUUCGCCGACGUCGCCUGGCGACAUGAAGCCAAGGUUCGAUUUGAACCCGGAACUGUACAAAAAACCUAAGACGCACGUGGAUUUCAACGCCUACGACGGUGAAGGUUUCCAGAGCUUCUCGGGGAAUUUCGGGACCAGCUACCAGGACCUCAGCGUCUUCGAUAAGUACGACGUCUUGGAAAAUCACCGUAGUCCCCUGAUCGAACGCUUCAUGCGGCGUCGCGGCGCUGUCCAAGAUACCACCGUGACGAAAAACGUAAAUAUAGAAAAGUCGCAGGAAUGCGGACUGGCUUCUAAAUAUAAUACCGCGUCCGCCAGUGAACCCAACCUGCUGGUCGCGGCUUCAGUAGAACAUUCGCAGUCCGUCGAGAAUUUGCACCUAAACUCGAAGGGUUUGUUGGACGGCAACGCCUGCACCUGCAGCAGUGUCCCUAAAGACUUGAACCUGGUGAAGGACUGUAAAUGGCGUUUCGAGGACGGCGCGCAUACUUCCGUCGCUGCUAAGAACUUCGACAUAGCCGAUUUGAACGUGGGUGACAGUGAGACCGGUGACAGUGUUAAAAAUUCCAGUUGCAACAGCAGCAACCUAUCGGAACUCCUCAGUUUGGACCUCGUGGAACUCAAGGAAGAGAUGUCGUUCCGUAGAGAAGGCAGUUACGCCGAAGCCAUGGCCAACAGGGUCGAUUUGAGCGACGACGAGAGCAGCUUGAUCAAAAAGCCGAUCCUUAAACGUCCCAGGAACACGUUGGAGGAAUUCGACAGUAAGGUCUUGAAAGCGAUAUCGGAGCAGAGCAUCCAAAGCGUUGGGACCAGCAUUACGAACCUCAACGAACGUAAGGUGUUACCUUCCAGUCCAGUGGGUAAAUCCAUCGCCAAACAAAACAGGUACUUCACCAGCACACCCAACGUAUCCAUGGCGAGACCAAACCCGACCAAUUUCGAACAGGACGAACGCAGACGCUCCUGUUACGACGUCAGACGGAAGAGCUCCUUGAUCGACAGGAGCACCAGUACCAGCGGAGUGUCAGAUUUCGACGACAAGACCAUAACCUCCGCCAAAUCGCUGGGGGAAACGUCGUCGAAAGGGGUCCAUUUCAACCCCUUGGUGGACGAGGUGAACUGGAACGACGAUUCCGAAUCCACUGGGACCAUAGAGCGGGAGUCCAGUUACAGUCUGCAGAGCACCCCGGAUCGCGAACUAUCCCCACCAUCGACACCUGUUGAACGCAAGAGCUCCAGGUCCCCGGAACCGGGAAGGAUGUCGCACAGCCAGCCGGAUCUCAACUUCAGGGAGGAAAAAUUGGAAUUCAUCGAAUCGCUGAGAUUCUUCCAGGGCGAUCUAGCUAAAACCAAGAGUCAGCCGGAUAUGAGCAUCAAGUUGAAACGAAGAGGUAGUCAGCUGAUGAAGAAAGACAAGGACGGUUGUCUGAUAAAGGCGUACGUAGACGGGGAUGGGAUACAAUACAAACACACCCAUCUGGACCUGGACAAUGUAUACGGUAUGAAGACUCCCACUACCACGGCGCCCGGUCACGUGCAGGGCCCCAACACCGACAGCGUGCACUCGAAGUCAGUCGUCGGUAUGGCAGCGAAAGCAAGAGAUGCGGCGUCCCGUAAAGACAAGGGUAGAAUAGGCGGUUUCUUCUCGAGACUGGCCAGUUUCAGAUUCAGCGCGAGAAAAGACGCGAAAAAGAAAAACGGCAACGUCCCCUCCAGGGAAACAGCCCCCAGUGACUUGUUACAACUAGGCCCUCAAGUGCGCCAAGCCACGAAAGACGAUUACAUCUACAUCCCUCUGAAAGGACCCCCAGUGACAGAAAACAACAAUGUGAAACGGGAGGAAAGUGAGAAAACCAUCGGGAAAGUUAGCGGGAAACCGCCGGUGCCGCGCGCGCCCCCUAGGGUGGUUGGCGCAAGCGUCAAACGGAACGCCGCCGCCGGCCAGCAGGGUGGUGAAUCGCACGAGAGGCGGCGGAGGAAGACUAUUGAUUCAGGGUCCAGGCCUCGGCCAAUGGAGCCCAUGGGGCUUAUCGAAACCGACUUGGACACGCAGGUGACGGUCAUCACCGAUGGUGCCGAUGUGAAAACGCGAAGUUUGUUGAAUCUGGGGGCGGUUCAGGCCCCCAGGCUGCAGCUCUCCGUGGCGCCCAGGGAGGCCCAGAGGCCCCACAAAUCCAUGGAGUUCCUGCUGGACAAGGAGAACAUCAAGGUCGUCGAGCCACCAGAAAAUGAGCUUCAGAAAGGAGAAAGGGUGAUGUCGGAGCACCAGCUCAGGGUUCAGCGUUCCUUGCAAAAACUCACGAUACCGGACUGGUACAAACAGUCGCAGAUACCGCAGGAGGGCUUCCUUCUCAAGAAACACCAAAACAGGGAGAGCCGAUGGACCGGCACCGGGAGUCGCACGACCUCCCUCAGUAGUCUAGGAUCCGCCAACCAAUCGCCAUUAAUCCUGAGCCCAACCCCCCAAAACCAACCCUUCGUUCGAUGGUCGACGUCGAAGCUUAACUCGACGGCCUCCUCACCGUGUGCCUCAACAAGAAGUAGUUUCAACACGCGACAAGCCAACGGUUCUCUCUCGCCAUCUUCAGUUAGGAGUAGUUUUAGUUAUAGGCAGCCUUAUUUAGGGUGGAGAUCGCAGGAGAGGCUCACGAAACCAAGGACUCCGGCCGAGAGGCUAGCCAACACUCUGUUACCCCAGAACAGCCAUCAUCACCAGAUGAACCCUGAUAUCCAGUCCUCGAUCAAAGAGGUUACGUCUGCAAUAGUCCACUACGUCAGCGGGUUGAAACCGGAGGACAACAGGCCUUCCAGUUACGAUAGUCAAGACACAGCAAGCCAGAGGAGUUCCUCGGUCAGUCCAAGAGGAAGCCAGAAACUGUGCUGGUUGGAGAGCUCCUUUGUGGGGACCAAACCCUUGGAUUCCCCCCAAACCCCAGUCACCCUAUCAGAAAGUUCGAAUCCCGGACACCAUUCCAACCUAAGGUUGGAGCUUCAGAAUCACAAUGAUAUAUCAUUGAGAUCUGCGAGUGAAACUAGACCAUCCCCUGGCUCAACAACACUGGAAGACGUCCUAGACUCACUACUGGGCCUACCUUCGUCAGCGAGGGCGCCAAGUCCUAGUCUCCAAGAGACGGUGUCAGCUAAUACCAGUCCCAGUCACAAGAAAACCGACCAGUUGGAUUCUUUUCGACGCCGUUCGGAAGGCAGUGAACCAACUACAUACGCCAACACCAGAAGGGUCAGCCUCAACUGCUCUCCAGUCUUGAAGUGCCGCUACUCCAGGUGCGGCAAAAUAGCCCUAGCCGCAAGUCUGGAGGGUACGGCAUUCAAAAACUGCCACAACUGUUCCUACUCCUACUGUUCCAAGCAGUGCCGUCGGGCGCACUGGGAAAAACAUCGAAAAACCUGCUUGUUCUCCAGGAUAGGAACCUUGUGCCGACAGGUCAUCGCCAGCAUCAGGGAACAGAAGGAUACGUUACUGCAUCUGUCGGAAAUGGCUAGGAGGGGCCAUAUAUCGCAUGGCGCGGGCGCUGUCAAGUGCUUCUUCCACAACCCCGAGAGCGCGGAGCAGUUUUUGAGCAAAGGGUUUCAGCAUUUGGGCGAACUGACGUAUAUUCCAUGGCAGGACCUUCUGCCUAACGAGAUGGGCCCCCAGAUGUACGCUGAGCUAGUUAAAAUGUGCAAAAACUAUAACCCCGACACAAAAUUAGUACUUUACGUUUCCAUUUGCGUGAUAUCGGAGACUCCGAUGACUGGAGCCGUGAAAUGGGAGAGACAACUGGUGUCACGCUGUGCCAAAAUGAGGCUAUCUAAAGACAUCCCCAUUCCGGAGAAGAUCACUGAGAAUCCGGAGACGCUGAUCCUGACCUGCGAGCCUCUCAGGGGUAAAGACGUGAAGAUCAAGGAACUGAAGGAGACGUGCUUCAACAAUCUGGUGAUGCAGCUCAGGCAGAAGGGCGUUUCUUUGAGGAAACAACACCAAGAUAUCUAUAAGCAGCUGCAGUCUUGGAUUGAGGAGAACUCUGCUAAAUUCACACCUGUUACGGUUUACCCUAAAGACGUUAACACUGGAAGAAGUUUCAUGUGUAUCAUCAUGUUAGAAUCCGACAAAGAGAGUGUUAGGCAGAUUGAACUGGCAGGUGUGAGAGUGAAAACCGUCGAUUUGUUGAAAUGAUUAUGUUGGUGAUUACUGGGAAUCUGACUAUUGACACCCUCGGUUAUCUUUAAGACAUGAUUGUGCCAAACAUAUCUUGACACCAUCAGAAUCUGGAGAGCCUUUGUUAACGAAAAACAUAUGACAAAUGACAAGGACACUCAUUUGAAUAUAAUUCCUCUCAAUAUAUCAAGCACUUGUUAAAUAUUCAAGAACAUAGUUUUCGGAACUGGAUUCCUUCAUAUAUGCACGCUGAAGUUGAGGAAAUUUUAUGCAGGGUGUCCCAACUAUAACAAUCAAAUAUAGUAGUGGAGUAUUGAAAGAAAUAAAGCUCUUUUUAUCUGAGUAUGGUCGUGCAUGCAUGUGUUUCGAUACCAUGAUUGAAAAAAGAUUAAAUUAGCAUAUUUUGAUUUCUGAAAUCCUUCAAUCCGUACACCCUCUGCAUAAAACCAGUAAAUUUCAUAACAUAAAUACAUAUAUUCCAUAAAAACUUUUUAUGUGAAUGAAAUACUGGUUUCCUUGUUUACGCUCAAAAUGCACCUGAACGCAUGAGUACUACGAAGAGGCUGGUUUCUCAGUUGGGACGCCCUAUAUUUAUUUCUAUCGUUGUUGAUUCUGGAAAAUUAUUAUCUAAGGACGAAACCCUAUGUGAUGCAAUCGUUUUUUUCAUUCAAACAACAGUUCCAUCUAUAAUGGAACCAUAACAUCUCAAUGAAAUCAUAUCAUAAAAUUAUCUAUAUCGAAAUGAUAAGAGAAGGAGAUGAAAUGAUAUACGCUACAAAUAGAAGACAGUUUUUCUAGAACUCUUUAUUGAAGUAAACAAUCACCAGAUAAUAAUAAAAUACAAAAUGCUGGUUCUAAUUGGAGAAUUCAUAUAUUGCUUCCUUGAGUUCAAGUUUGGCUUGAUAUACGUAUAUUGGAAAAGAUGGCAUGAAUGAGAACUUACAUUAACAAAAAUUCGAUUAACUAUAUAAAUCAGCUUACUGUACACUAUACUAAAUGUAAAAAACGAAGGCAAAUUUCAAGAUAUUUUUAAGAUGUUUUUUUUUUACAUUUUCUGUGUUUACAAUCUAGUCUCGAGUUCCUUCUUCAUUUUAUAGAUAAACCCAUCCUGUGAUUUGUAUAGCUUGUUGUAACUACAAAUUUUAAAAAUAAAUAGAUGUUACUUAUAAAAUUAAACUGUAUCUAUGGAAAGUUUCGCUUUUGAGAGAAGAGGAUUUUAAUCAUUGCUCAUGAUAGAGUGCUGACUGAAUUUUAUGAUGGAAGAGAUUAUACCUGAUUGUGUUAUAAUAGAUCGUUAUUUAUAUUGAGCUAUAUUUACAUAUUUGGAAAUGUAAUAUUAUAAGAUCGAUUAUUUUAAUUUUGAUCUACUUUCUCACUUUAGUUUUAUUAAAUUGCGAAUUUGUAAAGCAAUAAAAUGCGUCAAGUAGCA